AUGUUACCUCCCGAAGGAGGAGCAUCUGCUUCCGGGCGAGGUGGCUCCGGCUCUAGGGGACGUCAGCGAGGGUCUCGUGGUCGAGGCGGAAACAAGAGAGGGAGAAGGGGCCAGGGACCAGCUGGCCAGGAAGGCCGUGACGGCCAUGCGAGGCCACCGAGGGGCCCUGAAGCUCAGCACGAUGCCGCCGCCUCCUCUGCGAGCUCUCAUACGGCCAAUAUGUCGACUGGUGGACAGAGGCCUGCGGAUGAGGCCGCUGCUGACGAUGCCGACGUCUGCUUCAUCUGUGCAAACCCAGUGACCCAUCAUUCGAUUGCCCCCUGCAACCACACGACCUGUCAUAUAUGUGGCCUACGCAUGCGAGCACUUUACAAAACAAAGGACUGCGCACACUGCCGAGUACGCCCCCUUUUUGGAGUCACCCCAGCUCCGUUCGUCAUAUUCACCGACGACUCCGAGAAGCGAUUCGAGCAAUACGUAGACAAGGACUUCACUACCACCGACACCAACGUCGGCAUCAAGUACACCAAUGAAGACAUUGUCGGCGAUACCGUCCUUCUUCUACGCUACAACUGCCCCGAUGCAUCCUGCGACGUUGCCGGCCUCGGCUGGCCUGACCUCCAUCGCCACGUCAAGUCUGCCCAUAAGAAACGGAUGUGCGAUCUCUGCACCCGUAACAAGAAGGUCUUCACCCACGAGCACGAGCUCUUCUCCGACAAGGAGCUGGAGAAGCACAUGCGCCACGGCGACGACAAACCUGGCACCGCCGAGCAAACCGGCUUCAAAGGCCACCCACUCUGCGGCUUCUGUGGCGAGCGAUUCUACGACGACGACAAGCUGUACGAGCAUUGCCGAAUGAAGCACGAGCGUUGCUUCCUCUGCGACCGGAGAGACUCGAGGGAGCCCCACUACUACAGAGACUACCAUGCGCUCGAAGAGCACUUCAAGAAGGACCACUUCUUGUGCGCCAACGGCGAGUGCUUGGAAAAGAAGUUUAUCGUCUUCGAGUCCGAGAUAGACCUGCAAGCCCACCAGCUGAGUGAACAUGGAGGCAGGACGGCUGGUCGAGAGGCCAGGCUGGUAGACAUCUCGAGCUUCGAUAUUCGGCAAUCCUAUCAGCAGGAAAGAAGAGGAGGCGGCGGUGGUCGAGAACCGAGAGAUGGCGACGGUCGGGGGGGCAGAGGCAGAGGAGGUGGCAGGGGGAGGGAUCCGAACGAAGACGUGGUUCCGCUCACCUCUGCACAGCCGCUGCGUCGAGACGAGAUCGCCUUCCAGCGCCAGAUGGCCAUUCAUUCGGCCCAGUCAGUGUCGAACCGGACAUUUGGCGGACAGCUCACAGCCCCCACUCCAGCCCAAGCAGCAGCGUUAUCGCGCCAAAGCAGCGCAUCCAAUACGCCCAGGGCUACGACACCCAGGGCCACGAAACCCAAGGCUCCGACGCCAAGGGCUUCGACACCAAACGCCGGUCAGAGCAGCGCCGCCGGUCAGCUGGCAUCGCUCUCCCUCAACGACACCUCCAACAUGUCGGCCGAGGAGCGCGCCCGUCUCGUCCGCCACAACUCGGUCGUUGAGCGCGCCGCCAACUUGCUCGGCAACGACCGCAGCAAAGUUUCCCAGUUCCGAGAUCAUGUUUCCGCUUACCGCCAGGGCAGCUUCACCGCUCCCCAACUCAUCGACGCCUUCUUCGUCCUCUUUGCGGACGUCUCGUCCAACGCGCUCGGUACUCUUGUACGCGAAGUGGCCGAUUUAUUCGAAGACAAGUCCAAGGCCGACAGCCUACGCAAGGCUUGGCAGGACUGGCGAGCCAUCAACGAGGACUACCCCAGUCUGCCGGACCUUAGCGGCAUGCAUGGCACGACAACCAGCUCGUCCGGAUGGUCAAUGGUUUCUUCCUCGAACCCCGCGCUUUCCAAGGCGGCGCCGAGCCGGGUGCUGAAGCUAAAGAACAGCACAAAGUCAGGAGGAGGUCCUGCCCCGGUGACCCAGACUGGGCCACCGGGUUGGGCGGCACCGCCAACGACUCGCCCGUCACCAUCACCUGCUUUCCCAUCCCUGCCUGCAUCGGGGUCUUCCUCCGCCGACACUUCCCGUCCGUCCUGGGUGGGCUCGUCAUCGUCAUCAGCCCAACCGUCACAGCCCCGAACUGCGACCGGUCGAGGCAGCGCUAGGAGUGCUGACGCGUUUCCCGCUCUGCCUGCCGCUCCGAAGCCUCUGACCACCAUCUUUGGUUACGGCACUGGCCGCGCCGUGAGGAGAGAUUAUGGCCACGCCGAGUCCAAUUUCCAGUGGGGCAGCGGCCCAUCGACCCUCGCGACCCCGGAGCAGGAGUCGACAGACCACACUGACGAAGCCGCCGGCAAAGGCAAGAAGGGAGGCAAGAAGAAAAAGGUGCUGGUUCAAUGGGGAUAG